UAUAAAUUCUGCUAAAUUGUUUAUUUUUGAAAAGCAUCAGUACAUUUUUAUGAAGUCAUAUUGAUCCGAUAAUCAGACUUUCAAAGAGUCUAUAAAUCUUAUGUUUCCUUCAGGUCUUAUUCUGAAGAGUCCAACAUUCCUGACGUGAAUAAAGCAGUGAGAAUUGGGUCAGAGAAUGGCAGACUCUUGUCUCACUGCUUCUGAUGAGUACUGUCUUGCUGAAUCACCGCAGUACUAUGAUAUUUUGCCAGAACAUAUCAAUUAUCAGCUGCAGGACUCUGAUGUUCAAGAAUCACCUUAUUGCCAGCAUUCUACUGCCCAGUUUCCUCCAGCUUUGCAGUCCCAAUUUUUCCAAGGUCAUUUCAACACUUAUAGUGUGGAUCCACAGUACAGUGGUGGACAGUAUGGACUUGGUUCCUGUGAAUUAAAUAAGCCCACCCAUGUGAUUACCCACCAUGCUGAAGAUGGAUAUUCUGGAAUAAAAAGAUUCAGACCAAUUUAUUCUUCCAUGAGAAUUAAGGGACAGGAAGAACUCUGUGCAGUUUGUGGUGAUAAAGCAUCAGGAUAUCAUUAUAAUGCACUUACUUGUGAGGGUUGCAAAGGUUUUUUUCGGCGUAGCAUCACCAAAAAUGCAGUGUAUAGUUGCAAGAAUGGUGGUCACUGUGAAAUGGACAUGUAUAUGCGCAGAAAAUGUCAAGCGUGCAGACUGAAAAAGUGUAAAGCAGUAGGAAUGUUGGCAGAAUGUUUGCUCACAGAAAUCCAAUGUAAAUCAAAGAGACUUCGAAAGAACUUUAAGCAGAAGAAUAGUUUCCACCCUGACAUCAAAGUAGAAGUGGAAGGAGUAGACAACAAGCGUGUGUCAUCCAGAACUAGAUCUGGAAAAGUGAUUUGGGACAGUAUGGAGCUAACACAAGAGGAACAUCAGCUCAUUAAUAAUAUUGUGGCUGCUCAUCAAAAAUAUAUAAUUCCUUUAGAGGAAGCAGAGAAAUUUCUUCAGGAAAAUGCAAAUCCCGAACUGAGCUUUUCACGACUCUCAGAGGCAGCAGUGCUACAGGUACAGGGGCUAAUGGAUUUUACCAAGGGACUACCAGGAUUUGGAAGUUUGACCAGUGAGGAUCAGACUGCAUUACAGACUGGAUCAAAAACUGAAGUGAUGUUCCUUUACGCGGCCCAACUUUACAAUCAGAAAGAAUGGCUUUCAUCAGCCUCUGAAAGUAUUACUGAAGAAUUUAUUACUGCAUUGUUUUACUUCUACAGAAAAAUGAGUGAACUUAAUAUUACUAAUACUGAAUAUGCUCUGCUUGCAGCAACAAUUGUGUUUUUUUCAGACCCAGAUUAUAAGCUCAAUGAGGGCAGGAAAUUUCGUUUGUUUGUUCACUGCUGUGUUUCCAGCAUAAUAACUGGAUGA